GGGAAGAAAUGUGCAAGUAAACAACAAAAGUCCCCAUACCUUUGGCUCCCUGGAAACAGCCACUUUUUAAGAGUUUUAUUUGCUUUCUUCCAGAUAGCUGGCUGCCCCAGACAUAAAAUGCCACCUUGAUGAUAUAGGGAAUGUGCAUAUUUUCUUGGGUCCAAUUCUAGGCUCCCUCUUCUGUCUCAUUGACUUCCCUGCCUGCCUCGGGGCCAACCUACCUCUAUUACUACACCCUAAAAAUGUGCCCUCACAUUGCAUGUGCUGAAACCUGAGUACAUUUUGUUUUAACUUUUCCAGCUACUCUGUCACAGACUUUAGCAUUUUCCUUCUGGUUUAAAUAUGCAUUUCACUGAUUUACUGGGGGUUUUGAACAUCUCUUCUAGAUGUGUUUCUUCUCUCAUGACUUCCCUAUGUGAGGCCUUUGCAAGGGGCACCUGUCUUAUAUCUAUGUCCCUAUUGGCACCCAGUCCAGCAAUUUGCCCAUCCUAGGGGCUAAUACAUGACAUGGAAAGAAAGAAUUAAUGGGACUUCAGCUGCAAUCUGGCCCAGGCAACUGGAUGCCAACCUCAGCCCCAGCUGGGCCAGGGCAGGACUUGGGGCUGACUUGUGUGUCCCUGCAGGGGCGGCAGGAGAGGAGGAGCUGCAGGUGCUCCAACCUGACAAGUCGGUGUCGGUCGCGGCCGGGGAGUCGGCCACUCUGCGCUGCACCGUGACCAGCCUGGUCCCCGUGGGGCCCACCGAGUGGUUCAGGGGGACUGGGCCAGGCCGAGAAUUAGUCUACAGACAAAAAGACCCCCUGUCCUCCCGGGUAACACCUCUUGGAGACGGCACGAAGAGGAACAACACGGACUUCUCCAUCCGCAUCAGCAACAUCACCCCAGCGGAUGUCGGCACCUACUACUGCGUGAAGUUCCAGAGAGCAUCUCCUCACAACAGGGAGCUGAAGUCUGGCCCAGGCACCCAGUUAUUUGUGUAUGCUAAGCCCUCUCCUCCGGAGGUUUCUGGCCCCUCCAGCAGGGCCAGCCCAGGCCAGCUACUGAACCUCACCUGCACGUCAACUGGCUUCUUCCCCAAAAACAUACAUGUGAAAUGGUUUGAAAAUGGUGUGGAGCUUCCAGCCUUUCAGACCCUCGUCUUCCUGCCUGGAGAUGCUUCCUCCUACACUGUCGUCAGCAUUGCCCUGGUGACCCUGGCUGUGUCCUCCAUCCACUCCCAGGUCACCUGCCAAGUGGCUCACAGUACACUGCCGAGCCCCCUCAGAGAGCAUGUGAACAUCUCCCAGUUCCUCCAAGUUGUGCCCACAGUGAGUAUCUCAGCACACCCAGUCCUGGGACUCCAGGCAGCCAUCCUCACCUGCCAUGUCCAAAGCUUUUACCCCAAAGACAUACAAAUCACCUGGCUGAAGAGGAACAGAAGCUUCAAGACCAUUGAGGUCCCUGUCCCUACCGAGAACACAGAUGGCACAUUCAACCAAGACAGUCAUAUCCUGGUCAACACUUCAGAGUGGGAGGAUGAAAGGCCGUCCGCCUGCCAAGUGUGGCAGGAUGACCGGGCUCUGGUCCAGGCCAGCAGACAGCUGAGCAAGUUCGGAGAAGAGCAAGAGAGUUUGGGUGAGUAG